AUGGCAGUUGUUGAGAAUGGAAGACCUAUAGAGAGUGUCAAAGACAGACCCAAUGGGCACGCUGUAGGACCGCCUGCACGACAACCUGGUCGCCAACGCUCUCGCCGGAGCUGGACCUCUUGGUUAUUUAACACCUCGGCAAGGCUUGCCAUAUGGUACUGCCUCCUCACUAUCCUCUUCAGCUGUCCCUCUUCGCGGACUGCCCUCACCGAUACCUCUCCGCGAAUAUGUGAAACGUACCUUUCAGCGAAGGAAUACAUCCAACCUCAUCUGCAACCAUAUUACGAUGAAUAUGCAGCUCCUUACGUUGCUAAAGCUGAGCCAUAUGCACACCUAGUGAAAAGCCGAGUGGUGCGACCUGCGACCAAAAUCGCUGUCGUCAAUUAUGAGAAAUAUGCUGCUCCGCAGAUCGACGCCGCAAAGGCAUACUCUCAAGCGCAAUGGGAAAAGGCCGUCAUGCCUCAAAUUAACCUGGCACGGGGAAAUGCUGCCAGGUUCUACGAGAAGAAUAUAGGGCCCCAUGUCGACCAAGUCAUCGCAAAGACUGCGCCCUACUACGCCCCAGCACGAGAUCAAGUCUAUCGAGUCUACCAACAGCAUCUUCUUCCAGCAGUGGAAUACUCCCUGCCACAUAUAAAUAAAGCAUACAGUCUCAGUCAAGAUUUCGCAUUGAACACUGCAUAUCCUCUUCUGCGACAUGCAUGGUCGGAUCUCGUCAUCUUCAUGGACGGCACGUUCUGGCCCUUUGUAAAGGGUCUUUACAUCGAUAAUGUUCGGCCUCAGCUGGUCAUGAUCAAUGAGAGGAUUGCCAAGUAUCGGGAGAGUCGCCAGUUGAAAGCCGCCAUGGACGAGGUAGAUAACACCCGGUCAACCUACGUCGCCUCCGCCACUCCAAGCGCGACUACGGACACAAUGGAUGAUGUGUAUGCUCUGUUUGAUUCCGAAGACGAAACAGAAUCCUCUACUACGACUCCAUCUCAAGAAGCUGAGCCGACUCCUGUUGAACGUGUGAAGCGGCCAGUUGAAUAUCCUAUUGCUACAGAGGAGCAAAUUGCUGAAGACCUUCGAACAUGGCAAAAGAAAUUUGCUGUUGCGGCUGACAAGGGCAGCGAUGAUCUACGAGAACGAGUUGAGUCCAUCGUCGACAGUCUUGUCAAAAGUGACAUUGACGGAGUUGGUCGAGGAUUGGCGAACGCUUUGCAGAAGACCGUAGAAAACGAGUUGGAGAAUGUCAAAGCGAAGAUCAAGUCAACCGUUGCGUCGCUCCCUGACGAUGCGAGUGCAGAGGCUGUGAAAAAGGCAGCAGAAGACAUUCUCGGAUCAAUCAGAUCCUCGGGCGCUGAGAUCAAGGGACGCGCCCAAAAUGUCCGAAACUGGUCUCAGGGCUUUGAACAAGGCUUGAUCCAAAGACUCGAGGCUGCCUCCGCCUCUACAUUGGAAGUCUUAGAUGGUAUCAAAGACAUCGGGCUCCAAGAGGUUGGAAUGCGCUGGUCAUGGAUGGAAGGAGUUACCUACAAACAUUGGCAGAAGUUUCACGAGCUCCGAAAGACGCUCGACGAAUGGAAAAUUGAGGUCCAAGACGUGGCCAUGAAGAGUCCAGAAGCGGAAGCAGCAAUUGACACGGCUCGACAAAUCCUGGAAGAAUGCAUGGCAAUGACCGAAGACGCUGCGAAAGAACUGGUCAGACUCAAAAGUGUUGCUCAAUGGAAACUGAAAGCCCGCGAUUCCUCGGACGAUUUCGAAACUCGAACGAUGCCGGCAGAGGCGGUUUCAGCAGCGUCCAGUCUGGUCUCGGAGCUUCGAGGCGCACCCUCGGAAGCUGUGGAAGCGGCCAGCUCUGUUUUAUCACAGGGAAGCGACGCUGCUACCGUAGCAGUCUCAUCUGCAUCCUCUGCGGCCCUAGGAACCAGUACUGGCACCGUCGAGUCCGCGACGUCGACAGCCAGCGAGUUUGCGGGUGAUGCCAUUUCGUCAGUCUCUUCCAUGCUGGAAUCUUCUAUUGCGGAGCCUGUUGAAUCACUCGUGUCUGAUGCCAGUGCCGCCGCCGGAGAGGCGUACGAAUCUGCAACCGGGACUGUUGUUGAAGACACUCCUGUGACGGUUGAAUCCCUGCUCUCUGAGGCAGAGGAGACUGUUUCGGACUUCACGGAAGAUGUGAUAGAGUCGGCGGGCUCAGGGACAUCGUCAUUCGAGUCCAUUGCUUCAUCAACAACAAAUGAACUCCCUUCAGUAAGCGCGGCUGCGGAUUCAGCAGCCACAAGAGUAUCGAAAGUCUUUGGAGGUGCAAUGGCUUCGGAGGUGAAGGGCUCGAUACCUAUUCUGGAUGACGUUUUUGACAACAGCGAGGAGUCGACUUUCUCCGAGAACAUUCAAAGCGUGAUCAACGAAGCUGGUGAUCGCUAUGCAGAGGUUAGCCGCGCAGUAUCUGAAGCCAUGUUCGGAACAUCUCAAGGCAAGGUGGAGAGUAUCACAUCUGUCGCGAGUGAGCAGUAUUCCAGCGCUCUAGCAGCGGCCUCCAACGUCUUGUACGGCACGCCUACUGGCACAGCUGAAAGCCUUGCAAGCGCCGCAUCUGAACAAUAUGAGCAAGCCGUGGCGGCUGCGAGUUCAAUCAUUUUUGGAAUGCCAACCCCUGUCACCGAGUCGUUGCUUCUGCAAGCCAGCUCCCUCUACAACGAGGCCGUCAGCAGAGCCGAGGAUAACUACAACGCCGCAAAAUCGAUCGCUUCUCAGCAGAUCUCUGGAACUCCGAAACCUGUUCAUGAGCAAAUGUUUUCCUCAAUCGAGUCGGCUUAUUCGGGUGCCGUGGCUGCUGCAAGCAGUAGACUUGAAUCAGCCCGCAGGUCAGCAUCCAGUGCACUUCCGAAGACCGACCCUCUUGAGUCCGUCUCGUCUAUAGCAUCGUCAAUUUUGCAAGACUCUUUGGCUGCAGCUUCGGCUCAAUACUCGAAGGCUAAGGUUGCUGUCGGAGCUACACCUACCCCUGCCCAUGCGAGAUAUCUCCAAGAGGCGAGAAAGAACUACUAUGCUGCCGUCGGGCUGGCGCACGAGCAGUAUGAUGACUUUGUUGCGGCAGCUUCGAGUGCGAUCUAUGGGACACCAACACCUGUAUUGAGCAGCGUGUCCAGCGUGGUAUCUGUUGGGAUCUAUGGGACACCGGUGCCUGCGUACCAGAGUCUCCUUGACGCAGCCGCAUCCCAAUACUCGGAAGCCUCUUCAGCAGCUGCUUCGAGUCUGGACGCAUUCAAAUCAUCCUCGGGCACAACGGUACAGAGCAUAUGGGAUGAAGCCGUAGCAGCUUACUCAAGUGCCGUUGAUGCCGCCUCGUCCUCGCUGUCAUCUGCUUCGUAUGCUGCGAGCACUGCCGUUUAUGGCACUCCUGCUCCGUUCUACCAGGCUGCUUUGGAGACCGCAUCGUCGCAGUACGUCGUUGCUACCGCCGCCGCCUCUUCCCAAUUGUCACAAAUGCUCGAAUCAGCCUCCUCUGUCCUUGGUAAAGAGGAGACUUCUCCAGCACAGAGCGUCCUUGACUCUAUUUCGUCACAAUAUGACGCCGCCAUUUCUGCCGCCUCGUCCUCUCUCUCCGCAGCAAGCUAUGCGGCGAGCACGGCCAUUUACGGCACUCCUGUCCCUUACUAUCAGAGUGCUUUGAAUGCAGCAUCGUCACAAUAUGCGGUGGCUUCCUCGGCGGCUGCUUCUCAGAUGUCCGCAUUGUUGGACUCGGCAUCAUCGGCAAUGGGCAAAAAGGAGACGGGCCCAGCACAGAGUGUACUCGAUUCUAUCUCUUCACAGUAUGAUGCUGCAAUCGCUGCCGCUUCUUCAUCUCUCUCUGCAGCAAGCUACGCCGCUAGCACAGCCGUAUACGGUGCUCCAACUGGUUCCGUCGAAUCGAUCUCUAGCGUGGCAUCUGAAAACUGGCAAGCCCUGGUCGCGAAGGCGAGCGAACAGAUUUACGGAACUCCCAGGCCCUUCUAUGAAAAUUUCGCCACCCAAGCUGGAGAAUAUUCAGCCCAGGUCACGGACUUUGCGAACGAUCAAUACGUCGUCAUCCAAUCGUACGUCUCGGAGUUGAUAGUGGGCAAAGAACCUGAUUUCACUGAGUCGGUCAUGAGUCGUCUCAGCUCCGCCUACUACACAGGGUACAGUUCGGCGUCUAGUUUGGCAGGCGAGGCGUACAGCUCAGCCUCAUCCAUGGCAUCCUCUGUUUCCUCUGUUGCCUCUUCCUACUUCACCCCUCCUCCAGAAGUCUCGUCUAUUUUGGAUUCAGUAACAGAACAACUGAACGCCGCAGUCGACGCAGCAAGUGCACAGGUGUAUGGCACACCAAAAGGAAGACUCGAACAAGCAACCUCGGUUGUGGCUGAUAGUUACUCAUCAGCCAGCGUGGCAGUUAGUGAAGCCAUCUAUGGUACUCCCGUUGGUUACGCGGAGGCUGCGUCUUCCUCGUUUGCGGAAUUGGCAAAGAGUGCGCAGGAUGCCGUGAGCGUUGCUAUUUAUGGGACGCCUACAGGGACAGUUGAAUCAUUGACCAGUGCGGCAGCCGAUACAUACGCAUCUGCGUCGUCCAUAGUGUCGGAGAAUGCGGCAGCAGCGGUUUCCGCAGUCAGCGACAAUGUCGAGAGUCUCACUGCCAAGGUCUCGCAGGCUAUUUAUGGUCCUGAGCAGAGUUAUAUGGAAAGUAUCAACUCACAGAUCUUUGAAGCUGUCGAGAGUGCGAAUAGCAGGAUUGCUGCUCUAGCAAGAGAAGCAGCUGAGAGCGCGACGGACGCAGCGAGUGCAGUGAGCGAAAGCGUGGAAAGCAUAGCCAGCGUGGUGAGUGAGUCGGCGAGCAGCGCGACCAAGUAUGUGAAGGACGAGUUGUGA